CACUGAGAGAAGAAACAACCACAUUCAGGGUAAACCUGUUAACUUCCACUGUGCAAAGAGAGAGAAUAUUGGACCUGGCUAAUGUAACUGAACAAUGGGAAUACUGGAACUUUGACAUUGUGCAGCUCCAAAUACUGAAUAAGUGUUCAAGAACAACUACAAGGGCAAGUAAUUUUGACCAAACUGACUGUCUUCCAGUUCGAGUGUCCUGUCAAUUGUGUUUCCACCUUUGCUCUGAGAGAAAAUGGAAAAUCUCUCCUGUCCGAUCUGCCAUGAAAUUUUUGAGGAUCCUGUUGUCCUGUCAUGUAGCCACAGCUUCUGUAGCAGUUGUAUUAAAAGCUGGUGGUGGUGGAAGAAAAGGUGUGAAUGUCCAGUUUGUAAGAGUGUACCUAGAACGAGACACCCAACUCGUAACUUGGCAUUAAAGAACCUGUGUGAGGCUGUACGGGAGAGACGUCAGAGAGUUUCAUCAGGAUCUGAGCCUCUCUGCAGUCUGCACUUUGAGAGAUUCAAACUCUUCUGUAUGGAUGAUGAGCAGCCAGUGUGCGUGGUCUGUCGAGAUUCAAAAGCACACUACAACCACAGAUGCAGACCCACUGAUGAAAUUGCAGUGGAACGCAAACGGGAGAUCCAUCAUUUUCUGGUGCCCAUAAAAAAGAAACUGAAGCUGUUUGAACAAGUUAAAGGAAACUGUGAUCAAACAGCAGAACACAUUAAGGUCCAGGUCCGACACACAGAGAGGCAGAUUAAGGAGCAGUUUAAGAAACUUCACCAGAUUAUACAAGAGGAAGAGGAGGCCAGGAUCACUGCUCUGAGGGAGGAAGAGAAGCAUAAAAGUAUGCAGAUGAGAAGAAAGAUUGAGGCUCUGAGCAGAGAGAUAGCAGCUCUCUCAGACACAAUCAGAGCGACAGAGGAGGAGCUGAGAGCUGAAGAUGUCUCAUUCCUGCAGGACUACAAGGCUGCAGUAGAAAGAGUCAAGAGCCCCCUCCCAUGUGAUCCACAGCUGGUCUCAGGAGCUCUUUUAGACGUGGCCAAACACCUGGGCAACCUGACCAAUCCUGUCUGUAACAAGAUGAAGGAGAUGGUCUCCUACACUCCUGUGAUUCUGGAUCCAAACACAGCUCAUCCACAUCUCAUCCUGUCUGAAGAUCUGACCAGUGUGAGAUAUGGAAAGAGACAGAAGCUUCCUGACAAUCCAGAGAGGAUCGACUACUACCGCUGUGUCCUGGGGUCUGAAGGCUUUAAUUCAGGGAUUCACAGCUGGGAUGUUGAGGUUGGAGACAAUGACUAUUGGUUAUUGGGUGUGGCAACAGAGUCCUUCCCAUCUUCACUCAGAGAGAAAAUGUCUUCCCAGGCAGAGGAGGAUCUCUCCUGUCCUGUCUGCCACGACAUCUUUAAAGAUCCUGUUGUUCUGUCAUGCAGCCACAGCUUCUGUAGAGACUGUCUGAAGAACUGGUGGAGUGAGAAACCAACACAGGACUGUCCAGUUUGUAAUAGAAGAUCGUCAAAGAGUGAUCCACCUGUCAGUUUGGUGAUCAAGAACCUGUGUGAGACCUUCUUGACUGGAGAGAGAUCAGAGAGCUUCAGCAGGAACUACAAGGCUGCAGUGGAAAGAGUCCAGCAGUGCCCUCUGCUGGUUGAUCCAGAGCCAGUCUCAGGAGCUGCUGAUAGACAUGUGGCCAAACACCUGGGCAACCUGACCUUCAACAUCUGGAACAAGAUGAAGGAGGUGGUCUCCUACACUCCUGUGAUUCUGGACCCAAACUCUGCUCAUUCAAGACUCAUCCUGUCUGAGGAUCUGACCAGUGUGAGAUGCGGGGAGAGACAGAACCUUCCUGACAAUCCAGAGAGGUUUGACUACCAUUGCCUCGUCCUGGGCUCUGAGGGUUUUACAUCAGAGACCCACAGCUGGGAUGUUGAGGUUGGAGAAAAUGCACACUGGGUCCUGGGUGUGGCAGCAGAGUCUAUCAAGAGGAAAGGAAAGAUAUGGUCUGGAUUCUCCGGAUGGAGAAUAGCGUUUUAUAAAGACUGCUAUGCGGUACGCUCACUACCUGAUCCAGACAUUUUUAUUUCACUGAAGAAGAAGCCCCAGAGGAUCAGGGUUAAUCUGGACUGGAAAAGAGGAAAACUGUCAUUCACUGAUCUGGAUACUAAUACACACAUACACACCUUCACACACACUUUCACCGAGAGACUGUUUCCAUACUUCAGCAAUGGGACUGAUCUCCCUCUGAAAAUAUUACCUACAACAGAGAAACAGCUUAGUUAAGAUGAUGAUGAAGAAUAUAAUGAUUAUGAUAAUGUAUGUACACAUAAACACAUAAACUGUUCAGUGUUAAAUAAAUUAGUAUUUUCUAUCAAUCAAAACAAAGAGUUAUGUUCAUGUUUACUUAUUCAUACUGAAGCAACAACCAGUGAGUUAAACUUGUAGCUGUUUGUAUGUAACACGAAACAAUUUGAUGCCAAAAUUACACAAAUAGAGGCCGAACUCUCACGCACCAUCCCUGCACCAAUUCCCACAGCUGGAUAUUACCUCUAGUGACAGUUUGGAAAAGGAAAUCAAAGGGUGAUUUUUAAUUAUUGAACUUAUUAUUACUAUCAAACACUUCUCUCAUAAGCUUGGAUCCCUAUCACAAGCCUACUGAGCUGUGCACACAUCAUUUCUUGUGCGUUAUCACCAACAUCGUUACAUUUUCAAGCUCAGAGGAAUGCAAACAUAAACUAUAUUACACACUUAAUUUAUUCAUCAACCUUUUCUUUUAGUUUUUGCUGAAUGAUGCUGUUUUGGCAAAAAUUAGUAAAGUUAUUUGACAGUUACCUCUCAUCUGAAAACGUUCAGAUCGGGCAGUCGGUCUCUAGUCGUGAAGAAAAGUUCAAAAAACGUGAAAUAAAAGUCCCAAACCCACAAUAGUAGAAGACAUGCUUCAGGCUUUGGUAUCAUCAAGGUAAUGUGAAAGUGCUGUCCCAGUCCCAUUAAUAGCAUUUCAGCC